GAGAUAGUCAGCCCUUGCGGGGCCCCGCCGCCAGCAGCGACAGGCAACGGCGCCGCUGGCCCUCCGGCACGCGAGCCGCCCCCCACGGAGCCUGCGGCGCAGCCGCAGCCGGCUCCAGCUGGGCCACGGCAGGACUGGAGCGGGGCCGACGCCUUCCGGCUGUGCAGCGCGGAGGGCCGCGUGCACUUCGAGGGCAAGGUCCGGUUCAUGGACAAGGCGAGGUUCUCGUCGCUGGAGGCGGCCGUGAACAAGCUCAACGAGGGGCGUGCAGAGGAGAAGUGGGUCGCGGUGUUCGCGAAGGGUCCCGAGUGCCAG